GCCGGGGAGCCUGGGAAAUAUAGUCGAGAGCUGGCUGGAGUUAGGGGCCGAGCGAGGCGGGGAGUGGAGCGAGCCGGACCCAGCUGGUUCCUUCUCGCGGUUCCUUUUGGGUUCUGGCGCGGCGCGGCGCUACCACCCAGGAGGCUGGCCCCAUGCCGAGCCUGACCCAGAGAUCGCCUGUCAGGCUCACCCCUGGAUCCCCCGACGGAAACCAGGCUGGAGGCGGGAGAGACCUCCAAAAUAGGAUCAAGGAAGCUCUAAAGGGCUGGGCUGAUGUUUCUCAAUGUGUCUCCAAAGCCAUGUCCAGACCGUCACUCAUCACGUUCACGCCCGCCACUGACCCCAGUGACCUCUGGAAGGGUGGGCAGCAACAGGCGCAGCCUGAGGAGCCAGAGCCCACCCUGGAUGGCGCUGCAGCCCGGGCUUUCUAUGAGGCCCUGAUUGCGGAGGAAGCCCUGGCCCCUGAACCGCAGAGAGCUCAGCCUGCGCCUGCCGGGCAGAGAAAGAAGAAGAAAAGAAAAAUGACAAGGGAAGCAACAUCAGCAGCAGCAGCGUCAGGAAGACGUGGACAGGGGCAAUCCUUUGUGGCUGAGGACAAGAUGACCCAGUGGGUACUGAAGGCGGCCCAGGAGGGGAACGUGGCAGAACUUCGAAGACUGUUGGAGCCGCGUGAGGCAGGGGGAGCCGGAGGGAAUAUCAAUGCUCGGGACGCUUUCUGGUGGACACCCCUCAUGUGUGCUGCCCGAGCUGGCCAGGAAGCCGCUGUGCGCUAUCUCCUGGGCCGGGGGGCUGCCUGGGUGGGGGUCUGUGAGCUGGGGGGCAGGGAUGCUGCUCAGCUGGCUGAAGAAGCAGGCUUCCCCGAGGUGGCCCGCGUGGUCAGGGAGAGCCAUGGAGAGACCAGACGUCCAGAGACCCGGGCCCCCUCUCCCACCCCCCAGUAUUGUGAGACCUGCGACGGCUACUUUGAAGACUCCAACCACUGCACAUCCACCGCCCACCUGCUGUCACUAGUCAGAGGUCCCCAGCCCCCCAACAGUCCCCUUGGGGUGCCCAUGUCUAGCCCUGGCUUCAGGCUGCUGCUGAAGGGAGGCUGGGAGCCAGGAAUGGGGCUGGGGCCCCGGGGUGAGGGCCGUGCCAACCCUAUCGCCACCGUCCUCAAGAGGGACCAGGAAGGACUGGGCUACAGACCAGCACCGCAGCCUCGCGUGACGCACUUCCCAGCUCGGGAUCCCCGGGCUGUGUGUGGGAGAGAGAGAGCCCUUCAGGUGGCUGCGCUGAGCCGGAGGAAGACAGGAAGGCAGGAGGAGAAGGACAGGGCCUGGGAGCGGGAUCUCCGGAUGUACAUGAACCUGGAGUCCUGACUGUGGUCUGCCUGGUCUGCCGCUGAGGUCUGAACUCAGACUUCUGACCUGAGCACUUCGCUUUCUGCGUCCUGGGAUCUACCCAGGUGCCAGGCCUUUAGGUUUUAACCAGGAGCCUCUACUCCUGGGAGACGGCUGCUGACGGUUGGAAAAUAAAUCAGCCUUCAUCCUCAA